AUUGUUAUUAUUGAUUAUUUACAGAACAGUGUACCAAAACGCAAUCUUAAAAAUAGUUGUGCUAAUGUGUUUAAAACUUAAAAAUUAAAUUCUGUAAACCUUAUCGACUUGUAUCGAAGGUUCCUGUUGGUUUUGCAAACAUGAGCGACACAGAAGAACCCCCGCGAAAACGAUUGCAGGAUGGAAAUACAUCUGAGGAAGAUGAUGAAUGGAUCGGUCCCAUGCCUUCCGCUGCGGCUCCUCCAAAAAAGAGAAAGGUGCUGCAAUAUGAAAAACUGUAUCUGGACAACCUGCCGAGUACGGAGUGCUACGAGAAAUCCUUCAUGCACCGGGACACCAUAACCCAUCUGGUGGUGACCAAAACCGAUUUCGUCGUGACCGUCAGUCUGGAUGGGCACGUCAAGUUCUGGAAAAAGAUGGAACAUGGCAUUGAGUUCGUGAAGCACUUCCGCAGUCAUCUGGCCCCGAUCAACGCACUGGCGGCCAACACCACCGGGACGUACCUUUGCACUGCAUCGGUGGACAAAAACGUGAAAGUGUUCGACGUGAUCAACUUCGACAUGAUCAACAUGAUCAAGCUGGACUACGUACCGUACCGGGCGGAGUGGAUCCACAAUACUGGCGAUGCUAUCGCGUACUUGGCGGUAGCAGAUCAAGAUUCCAACAGGAUUAAUAUCUACGAUGGUAAAGGAAGCAAUACGCCGCUGCAUGUUCUUGACAAAUUGCACACCAAACCGGUGGUACUGAUCAAGUACAAUCCGGUAUACGAGAUGACCGUCUCCAUCGACAAAGCUGGAAUACUGGAGUACUGGUUGGGAGCGCGAAAUGACUUUAAGUUUCCUUCGAAGCUUGUAAAUUUCGACUCCAAAUUAGACACAAGUUUGUACGAGUUUGCCAAAAAUAAAACGGUUGUCACCUCGCUGGCAUUCACCCAAGACGGUAAAAAGUUUGCCACGGUGUCGACCGAUAGGAAAGUACGAAUUUUUGGUCUGCUGUCGGGGAAGCUGUUGAGGGUUUAUGACGAAAGUUUGGCUCGGUACAGCGAGAGCCAACAGUUGUCUCAGGCGCUAUCGAAUAUGGAGUUUGGCCGCAGGAUGGCUAACGAGCGAGAUCUGGAAAAGUCGGAUUCAUUUCACUUGAUGAACAUUGCCUUCGACUACAGCGGCCAUUUCGUCAUGUAUCCAACCAUGUUAGGCAUCAAAUUAGUCAACAUCGAAACAAGCAAAUGUGUGAAAAUCAUUGGAAAAAAUGAUAACCUCAGGCCGCUUAACUUAGCCUUAUUUCAGGGGCGUGUGAAGAACUCAAAAGCAGCGUUAACGUUAGAGCACGAGGCUUCCGAUAAUCCUACUUUGCAGUCUGCAGUUAAUGAUCCGACACUUUUCUGCACUGCAUACAAAAAACAACGCUUCUACCUGUACAGUCGAAGGCUGCCAUCGGAUCUCCAAGACGCAGACCGCGAUGUGUUUAAUGAAAAACCUUCGAAAGAGGACAUCAUAUCCGUUACAGAAGGGCAAGGUUCGCAGAAACUGUACGACCACGCUGUCAUUCACACCACCAUGGGCGACAUCCACAUGCGGCUGUUCGGAAAAGAAUGUCCGAAAACGGUGGAAAACUUCUGCGUGCACACCAAGAAUGGUUACUACAAUGGACACAUUUUCCAUCGGGUCAUCAAGGGUUUCAUGAUUCAAACGGGGGAUCCCACUGGAACCGGUACCGGAGGUCAGUCCAUCUGGGGCGGCGAGUUCAAGGAUGAGUUCUGCUCCACGCUGAAGCACGACCGACCGUACACGGUCAGCAUGGCGAAUGCCGGCCCAAACACCAAUGGAAGUCAGUUUUUCAUCACAGUGCUGCCAACGCCUUGGUUAGACAACAAGCACACCGUGUUCGGUCGCGUUCACAAGGGGAUGGAGGUAGUGCAGAACAUUUGCAACAGCAAGACCAACCCAAAAACCGAUAAACCCUACGAUGAAAUCCGGAUAAUCUCGAUCAAUCUUUCGUAAUAAGCGUAAAUGGAAACAGUUAACAAUUAUUUUAAUCUAGCAGUAGUUUCACAAUUUGAUUAGUUGUAAUCUAAGUAAUAAACUAUUGUACUUGAUUGUA